AUGGAGCCACAGGUCUCAAUGGGCCGGGCUACGCUGGAUGUCGUUCUUGCAUCAGUCACCAAACUGUUGAACUCACCUGCUGCGUAUGCGACAAGACAAAGCCUUUGGAAUACUUUAGCAAGAACCAACGAAAGGAUCCUGAUAAUGCGUAUUGGCCUUUUCAAAGUUGGAGAUGAUCUGAUCAAGUGCAACUUCAUCCAGAGGUGCACCAACUGUGUCCAGGGCUAUUUAGAUAUCGAGCCGGUGAUGGAAGAUUCCAAGCUCCUUACUGAUGACGAGAGUGCCACUGAUACAAACACCUACGCAAGUCAGAGCGAGGCCUACACUGCCAACUCUUCUAGCGCCCUUUCUGUCACGGACGAUGACAAUCUGCUAUGUGAUGAGAGCUACGAUGUCAUGUCGGACCAUACGGCUAAGCUCUCUUAUCAUGCUCUUUCCCAGCUCUCAAUCAAAGGAAAAGGAAAAGAAGAGAACACAUCGCUGGGUGGAGGAGUCUGGUUGGAGCAAGGAAAACGUUUCCCUGAAGAAGGGGCUGCGGUCAAACCCAGACAAGGUAUCCCGUUCACUGCAUAUGACCCUCAGGGAAACGCGCAUCUCCGUAUUACUGCGCCACCUUCGCAAACGGGGAGCUCGACUGCCGACAGUUCUCAAGAUACCUGGAGGCACUCUCAAUCUGUCCAGGUGCGCCAAGCGAGUCACUCACCAGCGAUGGUAGUUCCCAAAAGAAACUCAAAUUUCGUGAAGAUCUUAGGAGGUCGGGUUCCUAAAGAACAGGCACCGAACAUGUAUUUGCCAGAGCCAACUGGACGCACUGUUGGCUCUGAUGGUUCCUCCUCCGAUGACGAUGAUGACGAUAUCCAGGAUUGGAUUUAA